UCGCCGAUGUUGUAACAUUUUGUUGUUGGCGUGUGUCACUCGUGGCCGGCAGUCGUACGCCACUGUCCGCCGUCGAUUGGACACCGUCAUCGCCGAAUCUUAUUCGCGGACACCGUGACAAUUAAAUACUAAAACCCUUUUUUUUUACUUUUAUUAUUAUCUUAGGGUGUUCCAAAAAUAUAUUGUGUCUGUUUUUUUUUCUUUUUGUUAAAGGCUUUGGAUUUGUUUAGUUAAUAUUAAGAAAACCAAAUCGACACAUAUGUAUUAAGUAUAUACAUUUAACUCCCAAGGUUCGACCAGUCGAAUGUGCGGUUCGAAAUGACGGUGGUAACCGCCGCGGUCACCGAAGGUGCAGCGACAACCACCGGCUGCAGUUAUCACCGGCAAAGGUCUACGUUGGUUCGAACCAGGUUUGUCGGCGGCUGAAUUUUUCAGCAGGUCAUGUUUUGGCCGAUUGCAUUGGUUUGUUUGCAGUUGGUUUUGGAUGCAAGAACGGAUGAAUUUGUGUUGGGAUAUUUGACAGGUUCUAAGAGAAGACAGGGUGACAUCGGUUACUCAAAACCCGGUCUUAUGAUAAGUGGAGCAAUAUCUCUAGCUACAGAAGAGAUAAAUGCAGGAAUAUUUAAAGAAAAGGGUCAUAGGUUAAGAUUUUUGGUAGCAGAAACAUAUGGAGAAGAAUCGUCUAGUAUUCUUGAAACAGCAGAGCUUUGGAAAAAAAACAUAUCAGCUUUUAUUGGGCCACAAGAGACAUGUAUUCACGAAGCGAGAAUGGCAGCUGCUUUUAAUUUGCCGAUGAUUUCUUAUUAUUGCAUGGCCUCGGAUACUUCAGACAAGACAUUAUACCCUACGUUUGCCCGUACAAGGCCUCCAGAUACCCAAAUAUCAAAGUCUGUCGCUGCUGUACUUAAGGCAUUCAACUGGACUCAGGUCACAUUUUUGUACUCGAGUGCUGAAGGCACGCAUUUUGGAAAAAUAGCAGCUACCAUUGCUGACGUUUUUGUUCAAGCUGGUAUACAUAUAAUAGCCAAGAAAACGUGGAACACUGAAUACUUACACGGCUACGUUGACAACCCCUUCGUUAAACUCGUUGCCGAUACAUAUCUUGAUACAAGAAUUUAUGUUGUUCUGGGUAACAAUGACGAUCAUGCAGGUCUUGUUGUCGCAAUGGAAGAAAUGGGUUUAUUCAAAAAUGGUGAAUAUUUUGUAGUUGGUGUAGAUGUAGAACGAUAUGAUGAGGGUAAUCCAUCAAAAUACUUGACGGGAAUCCUGUCAAAUAAUCCUGACCCAGUAUUAAAGAAAGCAAUGCGCUCGUUUUUUAGUAUAGCACCCACACCACCAAAAGGAUUUAAAAAUUUUUCUGUUAAAGUCAAUGAGUAUAUGGAAAAACCACCAUUCAAUCAUCCGAAUCCCUUACAUCAAAUCGGUCGUAUGAAACAGAUAUCUGUUGAAGCAGCAUAUCUUUAUGAUGCCGUCAAUUUAUAUGCACGAUGCGUAUUAGAGACAAUAGAGGGAGGCGAUGAUCCUAGAAACGGUACGGCUAUCAUGAGCAAGUUCAAAGGUUCACAUUACAAAAGCGCAUUGGGUUAUGAAGUGUACAUGGAUGAAAAUGGCGACGCCGAAGGCAAUUACACUUUACUGUCCAGGCAACGUAAUCCUGUUUCCCCGGGGGAUUAUGGCCUAUUUCCAGCUGGAGGAUUUAUUCGUCAUCGAAAUUUGACCAAAAUUCCUCAAUUAAGAUUGAACCUAGUAAUAAAUUGGAUCGGCGGAAAACCGCCGGUAGCUGAACCGCAUUGUGGAUUUCGUGGAGAAAAAUGCAUAACUCAUACGGCAGAAAUAUUAUCAGUCGUGGCGGGUAUAUUGCUUUUAGUGCUGGCUAUCGUGUCUCUAGUGUUUUAUAGAAAUUGGAAAUAUGAACAAGAGUUGGACAGUCUUUUGUGGAAGGUCGACUACAAAGACAUAGAGAUUAAUGACACGGAAAACAGUAGCACUUCAUCGAAAAUAUCCAGAGCACUACAUCCAUUAAUUAGAACUAGUCAAGUGUCAUUAAGUUCCAAUCCAGAUGCAGAUUUUCGAUAUUCAUCGAUAUUUACAACAGUCGGUAUUUAUAAAGGACGUGUAUUCGCUAUUAAAAAAAUUAAGAAGAAAUCAAUAGAUAUUACAAGAGCUAUGAAAAAAGAGCUUAAAGUGAUGCGAGAUUUAAGACAUGACAACCUAAAUGGAUUUAUUGGAGCGUGUACAGACCCGCCGAAUAUAUGUAUAGUGACUGAAUAUUGUAAUCGAGGAAGUUUAAAGGAUAUUUUAGAAAAUGAGGACGUUAAAUUAGAUAAUAUGUUUAUUGCAUCUUUAGUUGCUGAUAUAAUAAGAGGAAUGUUAUAUCUCCAUGAUUCGGCGUUGAGGUAUCAUGGUAAUUUAAAAGCAUCUAACUGCUUGGUUGAUUCCAGAUGGGUCUUGAAAUUAACCGAUUUUGGGCUCCAAGAGUUCAAAAAAGACUCAGAAGAUUAUCCUCAUCAUUUUCUUCAGCACGACUUUCGACUUCAAAAGGAUGAUGAGGUUGACUGUAAAUGCGAAGGUCUCCUAUACAUUGCUCCGGAGUUGUUACGUUGUUAUAACUCAUCGAUUCAAAAUUCAUUCGGUUCGCAAAAAGGAGAUGUAUACUCAUUUUCAAUUAUAUUGUAUGAGCUGCAUAGUCGCAAGGGUCCAUUUGGAGAAAACCGCGAAUUAGGAGUUUCAGACAUUCUAAGAAAACUUAUUUACUACCAGCAAGAACCUGGAUCAAAACCGUUUAGACCGCCUUUGGAUUUACUCGAAAACAACUUUGAUUUUGUGAGGGAUUGUUUAGAAGAUUGUUGGGCUGAAAAUCCGGACGAUCGUCCAGAUUUCAAAACUAUAAGAAUUAAACUGAGACCAAUGCGCAAAGGAAUGAAACCAAAUAUAUUUGAUAACAUGAUGGCAAUGAUGGAAAAGUACGCUAACAAUUUAGAGGUAUUAGUAGACGAAAGGACGGAUCAACUCGUUGAAGAAAAGAAAAAGACCGACGCUCUUUUGUACGAAAUGUUACCAAAGUAUGUGGCUGAACAAUUGAAAAGAGGACAUAAAGUACAAGCUGAAAAUUUCGAUUGCGUUACAAUUUACUUUAGUGACAUAGUUGGUUUCACUUCUAUGUCUGCUGAGAGUACUCCAUUUCAAGUGGUUGAUUUCUUGAAUGAUUUGUAUACGUGUUUUGAUUCGAUAAUACAAAACUACGAUGUCUAUAAAGUUGAAACUAUCGGAGAUGCUUAUAUGGUGGUAAGCGGCUUGCCUAUUAAAAACGGUGACAUGCAUGCUGCUGAAAUAGCUACAAUGUCUCUCCAUUUGUUGGAAGCCGUAAAAAAGUUCAAAAUAAGACAUAGGCCAUAUGACAGUCUUCGGCUACGAAUCGGGAUUCAUUCUGGUCCAGUAUGUGCGGGAGUCGUAGGGUUAAAAAUGCCCAGAUAUUGCUUAUUUGGUGACACAGUUAAUACAGCAAGUCGAAUGGAAUCAACUGGUUCAGCUUUGAAAAUUCAUUGUUCCAAUGAAUGUCGAAUGCUCUUGGAACGUCUAGGAGGAUAUCAAACAAACGAACGUGGGUUAGUUGAAAUGAAAGGUAAAGGUAAUGUUCGGACAUAUUGGUUGGUAGGUGAAGAUAAUUUACAUAGGCUUAAGAGGGAUGAAGAUAGAUCACGGCGACGAGAACAACACAGUGGUGCUAGUGGUGGUAAAAAUCGAAAGUCGUCUAGAGUUCAAAAGAAUAAUACUAAAGAAGGACCACGAAGUUCGUUAAAAGUUCCAAAAAGCACAAUAAAUGGACCUUUAUCCAGGUGUUGUAGUCUUGAAUCGCCGAAAAAAUUGAGAUUUGCUAUGCAUCACGAUGAUGGUACUCCUGUGAGGCGAAGACCGUCGGGUGUAGCUGAAGAAGAUGAAUACUGUUGUGAUAGACAUCUGAGCGUAUCGUGUCCUUGUAUCGAUCACAAUUUUAUUGACCAACAGCCUGUAACCUCAAUCAAACGGCCUGUGGGAUGCAAUAAUAACAGUGUUGAUACCGUUGAUCAAACUAUACUUCACACUACCGUUAGAUUAUCGGGAUUCCCAAGGGUAAACUCGGCCCCAGUGACUCCAAUGAUUGCUGAUUGCGAAGAUAUGAGUAGUAUGUUACAUAUGGACGAUGUCAAUGAACCGUUAAUUCGAGACUUGGAUAGGGACGAUGCCAUUACUUUCGUGUGAUAUUAAUGAAUAAGAAAUAUAAUUGAAGACAAUACUAAGCUGAAAUAUUCAAACAAAAUUAAGUAAAUAACUAAAUAAAUUUAAGAUUAAAUGGAAUAAUAAGUUUAGAUAUGUAAUAACCCAACCCCCUGCAGUUAAUAAAAACUAUACGUAUUUUCUAUAGGUUGAAAAGUUUUAAACAUCUAAAAUAUAAUCUCGUGUUGUAUAAAAAUGUUGUUAUAAUUUAACCAAAGGAAGUUAAAUUUCAAAAUUAUAAAUUAUAAAAAAAAAUUUUCUUUUAAAAUCAGUGAUGUAAUAAUAACUAUCUAUAUUAUUGCUGUAGUGUUGAAUUAUAAAAUUGUUUUUCAAUGUUCCUAUAUUAUAAUAUUGUAUUUUUAACAACCACUUUUUUUGCAUUCGGGCGAAUCAAAAAAUAACCAAAGGUUUAUAAACUAAUAUUGUUUUAUAUUAAAUCGUUCACUAAACAUGUCAUAGUAUAAAGUGGAUUUUUAGAUAUGUAAUCAUUAAUUUAGAGAUUCUUUGAUCAGUAACCUGAUUCUUAAAAAAAAAAAAAAAAAAAAAGACAAUUUUGAUGUAAGAACUACUAAAAUUACAUUCCAAAUAUGUAGAUAGAAUUAUUUGUUUGUAUUACUAUUUAUACUUAUGUAAUUUUAUAAUUUUAAAAUAAACAUUUGUUAAACUUUA